AUGGCCCAACCUUCCAUCACUUCCAUCCAGCUCACGCCCGAGGAGCUUACAAGUCAAACGAUGAGCUCGCACAAUCUCCAAGCUGCCCUCGAAGCCCUCCAUCGAGACGGCAUUCUUGUUCUAGAAAACGCAAUCGACGUCACUCAUCUUGACAAGCUGAACGAGCGCAUGAUCCCCGAAGCGAAGAAGCUCUACGCGAACAGAGACACUCACCGCAAUUUCGGCCAAUCCACCGGCAACAUCCAACAGGAACCGGUCGUCGAGAAGGACUACAUCUUCGAAGAUAUCAUCGCCAACCCCUGGGCAAUUUCCAUCGUUGAGCACAUGAUGGGACCAAACCCCCAACUGCGCUUCUACAGUGCAAACACGGCAUUCAAAGCGACCGGUCGCCAGCCUCCUCAUAUCGAUGUUGACUUUGAUAUGCCCCGCAUCCCAUUCGGCUACUGUAUCAACAUCAAUUUAGUGGAUACAUCACCCGAAAACGGUGCGACCGAGUUUUGGCUGGGAAGCCACACCGACACCGAUCAAUCUGUUUUCGAUCGCGCGGCCAAUAACCUGCAGAUCAAGGCUGAGCUCUUGGAACAGAGAAGGAAGAUCAGCCCGCCUGUUCAGCCCAGUUUACCCCAGGGCUCAUUGAUCAUACGUGAUUUUAGGCUUUGGCAUGCAGGAAUGCCGAAUAAGACGGAGGAUCCGAGGGUCAUGUUGGUUUCGAUUCAAUUCCCGAGUUGGUAUCGGAGUGACCAAACCUUCACGCUGCCGAGAUCGUUGGAGGGAAAAAUUAAUUUCGGCCGACUUGUUCCUUAUGUGGAGUGGGUUGACGAGGAAUAUGAUUAUUUACAGGGUUCUCAUGAUCAUGAUUUGACGCUGAAGGCGUGA